AUGUUGAGGGGUGUGGAUCCCCAACCACCUGCGGAUGUGUUUACCCAGGCAAUCACCGAGUCAAUUAAUGUCUUGGUGAAUGACGGGUCAAGUGUAGGCGCUUAUACACUUGAUCUGGUGACGCCCCCGAAGUCAGCUUCGGAGGUGGUCAAGCUGCCAACGAUAGAAUCUAAAAGAUUCUUGCGAGAUCUGCGUAGUGACAAGAUCAAGCAGAUCUGCGUACUCGUCACAGAGGACGAGUACAUCGCCGAUAUUCGGUCGGCACAAGUGUUUGCUGAGAACGAACGGGUUCUCAGUAGCUCAUCUAUGGACGAGAGUGUCCUCGAUGAGAAGACCCGAAUUGAUCGAUACACGUCUCAAUCUUGGGAGUCUUUAAAGACAAAUCCUUUGCAUAAGGAUUUGGUGGAAUUCAGGGAUGUUUCCCGGAAUCCGUGCCAUGCGAGCUGCCCAAGGACAAAGGCAAUCGGCAUGAAAUCGAACUGA